AAUUUUACAAAAAAAAAAACCCAAAAUAUAAUUUUGUUACCUAAAACCCCGUCGCUAAAAUCUGAAAGAGAGAUUGUGUUCGGAGAAGAAGAAGAAGAAGAAUGAGCGAGACGAGGCCCGUACCGAGGAGAGAUAGUCCAUGGGGAACGCCGGAGGGAGAGCACCGUCAGCCCAAAGCCCAUCGUUGCAAUGAUAGAGCUGAAGACGUCAUCCAGGCUUGUUUUGAAGGAAAUCCUUUCAAGACAGUUCCAGGACCUUUCAAGCUUUUCUGGCGGUGCAUGCGUUCUAAACCUGGGGAGGAACCAACCGAGCCGUAUACCUAUUUGGAAUUUGAUCCUCCCAAAAGAGAGGUGAAACUCGAGUGAAAAGGCAUUUAGAAGUGUGGUUUUUUCUAUUUUUAAAUUUUCUUGGAUUAGGGAUAAGAGAUUUGGACCUUCUUCGACCUCAACCAUUGGAAGGGGAGGUGAAAUGUGAUUACCAGUUAGACUUACCAUCACCUUUUGAAGUUGUUUAAUUCAGCUUGCUGAUAUAAAUAAUAUGAACCUAGAUUGCCACCAUUAAAACAGGGUAUUUCUCUUGAUUUUGAGGCAAUUUGGCCUUGCACAUGUUAUAAAAAGCAAACUCAUGUUUUUGUCAA